CGUCGCUCCAGACUUCGCCAGGUGUUCGAUGGAUCUCUAUAUCUUCACAUGAACAUCAGUGGAAGUCUAAAGUGAGAGAUUGGAGGAGCCCAGCGGCGGCGACGGCGGCUGCGAGGAAAAAUGGACUGGCGGCGUUGGCGGCUCAGAGGCAUGUCUUUCGCCUCAUUUCUUCGGGGAGUUCCUCGUUCCUUCUUAAGAAGAAUGGCUUCAGCGUCCGUACCUGAUCUACACAUGGAAAGGUCAGAAGAAUGGAAGGAGGUCAGGAAGGAAAUGCAUCGAGCCAUAGGAGACAGAGAUGAGACCCGUGUUCUGAAGUGCCUGGAUGGUGUGCCUGCCCUGAAAGUGUGGUUAGACCCCGAUGAAGAUGUCUCUGCUCGCUACAAAGCUAUUGAAGAGAAAGCUUUCCGCAUUCAUGGUCUGCUAGUCUCGCGUGAAUGUCUACUCAAGGACACAGGAGAAUCAUCGUGUUACGAAGAUCUCACACCUCUUGGACGCGCUGAAAUUCGACGACAGCGGUAUUACACCACAGAAUGCGUGGACUCCUACAUCGACUAUCUGAAAAGCAAAUCACGGAGCGUCACCAGAUGUGAUGACUUCAAUGAGCGAUUGGAGAAGAUGUUCGAGCACCUCUCCAGUUAUGAAUUAAACAGGAAUAUUCUGAAAGUGGCUGCAACAGCACCGCACCUAGAAGUACGAUUUGACUUCAAGAGUGAAAGCGUUCAGCGGACUACGGGAUGCUGGGAUAGACACAACCUCGGUCUCACUGUCUACAACGAACAGAGAGUUUUCGUCGGGGCCAGCACUGAAGAAGCCGUAACCCGCGGGACGCUCAUUCACGAGUUAUGCCACAUGGCACUUUGCCUAGUGUAUCAUAAUGAUGGCAAGCCUUAUGUCAGCGGGGAUAUGGAGAAGGAACAGCAAUACGGAGCCAUUGUGAACGACAUAAAACGAAGGAAAAAAGAGCUGAAUCUUCUUAUCCAACAAGCUGUCUCCCGUAAUGAAGAACAAGAGCUAAUUGUACGGAUUCCUCACAUACUGGCCCAAUAUGGUUGCGACGAUGGAAAUAGGGUUCUGGAACGGGAAGUGCCGGAACUACGAAAUUUUUUCGAGGAACAUGUCAUUCCAGACAUGCGGGAAUACAUUCAGAAUGGAAUCCCAUCCAUAGAUGCAGCACAGAUAGAAAAGGAAAACGCGAGACUGAACAAAGCUUUCAAAACUGACAAUCUCAAAGUGCAUUUCGAGAAACCACUAAAGAAGAGUGUCUGGAAAGAGGGGUCGCUUCACGUAUUUACGGGUCCAGAACUGAGGCUUCUCGAAAUAAUGGUUCACAACGCUGUGCAAUCUACGGGAAGGCCAUACUUGUUUUUCGAAGCGAACCAAUAUGACUCCACUCUGCAGGAUGUGUUACUAGACUACAAAUGUGCAUUUGUGCUAGUAUCCGUCCAUCCAAACGAAGACGUCCGAAAGGUGAUUAAACUUCUCAGUGAAGUAUCCUGUGCUACUGGAUCAAAAGUCCUUUUGCUUGUGGAACUCACUGGCGAAGAAUACUUGCUGAAACAAGUACAAGCAGAUGCAUUCUUUGCGAAGAGACACAAAGAUCACAGGAUCGACGAAGCAAGCUUUGUGCAUGUCACGAAUAGCUGCAAAAAAGAAGUGUUCAAAAAUUCUCGCGUAAAACUUCAGGGCCAAUAUGUUUCAGUGCUUCCAGAAGCCAUGAAUAUAGACACCUUCCUACAGCGCGUGGACACUGCGGUUUUCCUAAGGUUGUGCGAAUCGCGGAAUAUUGACGUGGGACCUCCUCUUCGUGAACUAGAAGAACGUGUUCAGAACUAUUACGUGGAAAGAGAGUGUAGAAGAGCCGUGGAAAUUAACUUGAACGAAUGCAAUCUAAAUGACGACAGUGAGGCAUUCGCACUUCUCGACUGUCCACACAAUCACGUCGCAACACUUCUACCUCGCGGUUGUGAGGCAAAAGCCAAGGAGGAAUUAACCAAGUUCGAGAAAUUCGUACUCCUCCAAGAGCCACGUGACUACGAAGCUCUCCUGGAAAAUGUUCAUUUCCGAAACAAAGUAGUGCACCUGCUAAAGUUCGAGGAACCUCGUAGGAGACUCUUGUGGACAAAAUCAAAUGGUAAACUCAGUCAUCUUCGAAUGACAGGAAGUGACUGUUACACUGAGGACGAUUUGUUGAACGUAAACGAGAAGGUUGUCAUAGUCUCUGGUGCACCUGGUAUGGGAAAGAGUGUGUUGGCAUCUCGGUUGUGUACACAGUUAAAAACCCAAGACAAGAAGCGGUGGGUGCUCUACGUCGACCUUCCUCAGAGAAUGGCAUUAGUUAAAACGGCGCUGCCUAGUCUGGAAUAUCUAGCGGAUCUGUGCCAAGUACAAAAAAAUGAUCUGGAGUGCGCUUUGUUCGAGGAAAGUUUGAAGAAUGGAAGCCCUUUCGAGGUUGUCGUCAUGUUGGAUGGCUUCGAUGAAGUCAACGAGGAAUGUCGCAAGUGUGUGCUGGGCCUUAUACUGUUUCUAGCUAACAAAAAAGUUUACAAGGUGUACCUUCUUACUCGCACUGUGCUUAAACCCCAUGUACAAGAUGCCUUGCACACGGUGUCAUAUGACCUCGUUCCUUUUUCUGAUGAAAACCAGAAUGAUUUCCUCACAAAAUAUAGGGGCCAAAGAGAAGCUGCCAGGAAUGAUGCCCUUUCGCAGAAGUUCCAACAACUGUACACGUCAUUGAACGAGAAAAACAAGACAAUCCUGGAAACCCCUCUCCUACUUCGUAUGAUGGCUCAGAUGGAGAGCGGGGAAAUUACCAAGUCGGACGAUUACUCUUCGUUGCUCAAAAUUGUUGACAUUUCCGGUGGGAGCAGUAUAUACACUGUACACAUGUACAAGAUGUUUGUCGAGUACAAGCACCUUGUGCACAGAAAAGAGAAGGUGAAGGAAGACAUCUCCCGAAGUACUGUGCGAGGCGACAACCAUGACGCGAAGUCUCCAUUCUACGUAAGCCAUGGUCUCCUGGCUAUGAAGUGUAUAUUUCCUCAGGAUAUAUUGGAAACCUUAUUGAAUGAAGACGAAUUAGAGCAGUUAGAUCCCGAAGGACGUUUCAUCACCGGAGUUGAUUCUUUCAAAGAAGGUUUUGUGAAUAGAAUUAACGACGCAGGAAUUCCCGUGUUCGUUCAUAAGACUUUCGCCGAAUUUUUCGCAGCUCACUACCUGUUGGAAAGGGUAAAAGGAAGAAAAAAAUCCAGGUUUAGGGAAAAUGUUGUCGGAUUGUAUGGUAAAAAAGACUACGAGGGUGUAAUGAUGUUGUUCGAUGGACUGGCGUCGGAGUCCUAUCCACUUCACUCUGCCGUGAUCAACAACGACGCUUCAUAUUUUGAGCAACAUGUUAUCCAAAGAGAUGAUAUGUUGAAGGUGGAUGAGCUCAAAAGGACGCCAUUGCACGUAGCUGCCCUGCAUGCUGAUGAAACGGCAUUGAAGAGGCUUCCAAUGGAUGAUGAACUAAUCAGGGAUGAUUUGUUUCAAAUGUCACCAUUCGAGUACGUAGAACUCUUUUCCCCAUGGGGCGCAGAGUGGAUGAAAGAUCUGUGGGAAGCGUCUGUUGUGAGAUAUUUCCAGACUGUGACUCUUUGGAGGAACUAUCUGCGAACUGAGACUUCAGCUGUGAGAGACAGACUCGACGUAUUAUGCGCUCGAUGCAGUGAGGAAGCAGUGAAACAUUCUACCGAAAAUCUACGCGCAUGUGAAACCUUGGAGAAAAAGAGACAUUUUCUUAAACGAGCAAUAUUGACGGCUGUGAUACACGACCUACGAGGCGUUUUAGACGUGUAUCUGAGUUAUGUGUCCCCGAGAGAGAGUACAGGAGAACUAGACACAGACAUCAUGGACCAAUUAGAAUCACGCAAGGAACGAAGCUUGACAUGUUCUGUAGAGUCUUCGGUAAUUGGAAACCUUGAUAGUUUUACAGACAGUAUCAAUAGAACUGUCCCUUUUUACGCAAAGUCCGAGACUGUUUGCAAAAUGCUCCUUCCUUACUGCGAUAUGGGAAUUCUUGAUUAUGAUGGAAACACAAUGUUGCACAUUAGUGCGAAAGAAGGAAAUCUGGAGACAACACAGUUUUAUCUCGCACAUUUAUCCAUUAACAAUAGAAGGAAUGGACACUUUAAAACUCCUUUGCACUUGAGUGGAGAUGCAGAGAUUGUGAAGCUACUUCUCCGUCGUUAUCCCUCAGUGAAUGUUUUCGAUUAUCGUCAACGAACUCCGAUGGAUAUACGUGCAAAGAAAGAUGAUUUGGAAGCCAUGAAGUUGUUACUCCUUCGCACUCGGAUAGAUGACGCACAUCACAUCAGAUUAGACACAACGCUUCACGUGGCUUCUUACUCUCUUUCCCUUAAAGCUGUGACGUUUCUUCUACCUCACACAAAUGCGCACAUGCUUACCUACGAAGGAGAAACGUGCUUAGACGUUGCUUGGAGAAGUUGGAUAUAUCCGUUGAGUUCGGAUUCCAACGUUGUGAGGUGUCUCAUCCCACACUCGCUCGUGAACUCACCUGAAACGUUCGGCUCAUCACCUUUGUACAUUUGGGCGGAAGGUGGUGGAAGGAAAGUGAUGCAAACUCUAUGGCCUUAUUUGCGACACAGUGACCCUAGGCAUGCACAGAGGAUCAGCAGAAGCUAUGCGUAUGUGUCUAUGUCUGUGUCUCUGAACGAGGAUUUCCAAGAAGAAAUUUCGUGUCUGAAACUUCUCUUCCUCUAUUUAGAUGUCAUCGCUGGUGAUUGUUGUGGCAGAAAACUGCUACAUGAUAUCGCCAAGAAUAAGCCAAGUAAGAUAAAAGAAGUAAAUUACAUUAAUUACAUGAAGCUGUUACUGCCGCAUUUAAAUCUGCAUAUGGAGGAUUAUGUAAAAUAUAGCGUAGGAAAUGAUGACACUGUUACCUUAUAUCGGGGAUGGUCGCACAUGAAUAACACCGAUGAUCCCCACAUUGACGAUGUCAACGCCGAAAUGGUCGACGACGAGGGCAGUAUGAAGUUGCUAAUAGAAGCAGAGGAAGGAAAUGCCGAAGCCGUGGAACUUCAUCUCUCACAUUAUUCCGUGUGCUUUACAGAUGAAAAGGAGAACACUGCAUUGCACUUGAGUGCGUCGAAUGGACACACAAAUGUGGUGAAGCUUCUCAUUCCUUUUUAUACAUCAGUGGACGUGAUCAAUGUGCGUCGAGAAACGCCCAUGCAUGUGUGCGCCUCAAAUGGACACCUGGAUGUUGUGAAGUUAUUAUUACUCCGCUCUAGAAUGAGUUCCCGUGACGUGGUUGGAAGGGCACCUCUUCACUUGGCCUGUGAAAGUGAUGCCGUUGAUAUCGUGAACUUCCUUCUUCCCCACUCCUUCCCUAAUAUGUGCGAUGAGUACGGUUCCACGUGCUGCGCUUCUUCCGCCGAAAGAAGUGAAAUGAAUGUUCUGAGAUGCCUCAUCCCGCACUUUCUUAUGAACUGUCCUGAUAGCAUAAGCGAAUCACCAACGCUAAUGUGUGCUAAAGAUUAUAUAAGAGAAGGGUUGGUGACAUUAUUGCCAUAUUAUUGUGAUUAUGACGCUGCGAGUUUAUUGACGCUUUGCCCGCAGUCAUUUUAUGUGGGCUAUAUGAACAUGAGCACUACGCCUUGCCUCAAACAUAUGGUUCUCCACUCAAAUGUCAGGGCAGUAGAUGUGUGUUUUCGUGAAACACUCAAACUCAUUCGACUGUUUUAUCAAGAGAGUGAUUCAAUGCUGCAUCCAAAUGGCACUGCGCUAUCACGAAACCUAAGGUAUAUUUCUCUCUUGCUUCCUCAUACAAAUAUUUCUUCUAAGGACGAUGGAGGCAAGAAACUAUUACAAGGAGUCCUCCAAAGCAGACAGGAUCCCGAAUUGGUUAGCUUCCUUCAGAAGUGGACUCGCUUGAGUGACUUUCAUUCAUGAUGCUCACGAUUGUUAGCAACGGUUGUGGUUAAGCACCAAGUGGCACCGAGUUGUCAGUGGACAUGAGCUCUGCAGAUGAUAUCGCAGUUUUAAGAGAGGUAUCAACAGCAGUCCCUUGCCUUCAUCCGAGAAAGCAGAAAUAUUCAGCCAGAGUAAAAAAUGAAAUACAAAAUCACUUUUCUGUUUGCCGAGGCUAACGGGUUUUUUCUUAUUCAUCUUGUUAAAAAGUACGGUUCUGUAGUAGGUCCAUAAGGUGAUCCGAAAAUGUGUAAAAAAGUGUGUUCCUAAUGUGCUUGUUAUAUGGUUAGCUACGUUAUACAUACCGCACUAUUAGAAUACGUGCUGCGUGUGAUUAUAUUUAUAUGGUGCAUCUCACCUUUAGUGGAUAUAUAACUGUAAUACUGCGAUUGAGCAUCACGCUCUUAAAAAAAAGUUGGUCAGUGUUAUAUCUUUUUAGUUCCAAAUUGCUACGGGCUCCAAAUUGCUUUGCCAGUUAUGAUUACAGAUUACAGUGUAGUUACAGACACCCAGAACAUUAAGAAUCAAUUUGACGUAAUCAAGGUUUGUGUAAGGGAACUACGAAUGAUAAAAAAAUACACGUCACAAAUUGGA